AAAGCAUUGUGUGGACGUGUGCGAGUCCACACAACGCCAUUAUACCCUACAUUAUGUGGACUUCUUUUGAGCAGAGAGGACCUCCAAAUAACGCGUUGGGCUUUCAGUGGUCCGAUGGAGGAAAACUCUUACAUCGAGCCAAUUUCGCCGAACAAUGUUGCACCAAUGGUUCGACGAGAGCGAAACCGGAUGUACCUUUCGAGGGGAUAAAAUAAAGGAACAACCCUUUCAAUUUAUAUCUUGCUUACAUCAUGCGUCUUGCUGGUUACAUCUUGCAUCAAACGACGGAAUGUUUUUAAAAAUGCUGCAAGAAGGACACUUUCACAUUUAAUUUGUGUAUAUAGGUGUCGAUUUUCAGAAGUGUAUGUGAAAGUAACGGACUUUAAUUUGUGGGUUUAAAUGUUGUGAUGUGUAGCUCAAAUUUACAGUCCACAUUUCAAAGGGGGGUACAUGUACUGUUUGCGGGAUCUCAUCUUGAGAAUCUCCAGUCAAAAUGAAUCCAAAAGACACCUCAGUGGAAUCAAGAUUCAGUUGCAUCUCUUUUACUGGAUGCAGUGUAGGGCCUACACGGUAAAAACUCAGGUGUUAAAAUCAACACUUGUUGGUGUUAUCAGAUGACCACACCAGAGGGUGUUACUUUAACACUGAUGAUGUUACUUUGCACACCUAUAAGUGCAGUUUUAGCAAUGCUGGCUUCGAGAAUUGUCCUGUAUUAUCGGAUUCCAUAUGUUGCUGAGCAAUAAUGAUAUACUCUUUGUAAGGCUGGGAAGAUUAAUCACUAUAGUCGAGGACACAAAAAGCAGAACAAAAACAGAACUGAGCAAAAACACCUACCAGCAAAAUGAAAAUAGACGUGUCGUUGCUGGUCUUGUCACGUGACCCAUUGUCAUGAAAAAUAUGAUUAGAAUUUCAUGCAAACAUCGACGAAUCUUUUUUGCUGUUUGCUUUGCCGUGAUCACUGUCUCGCUGCAUCGUUAUUGAAUAGCUCGCUGAUGAGUGUGAAGCGAAACACAUCGUAGAAAAAUAACUACAGAAUUUGGCGGUAUCACCAUGGAGUUAACUGCGGGACUCAUCCUGCUUCUGACCCUCACCGCGUUUGUGCUGUGGUCCGCCCUGUACGGCUUGUUCUGCUGGCUUCAGCCCCACCGAUCCUACGAAUGGAAUUGUCGGGUUGUGGUCUCCAUCCACGCAGUGACGGUGCUGUCUUUGUCGUCCACGUUUGGGGCUCUCUACAACCCUUGGCCGUUUACGCAUCCAGGUGGUAAAUCCAACAUUUAUGAGAUCGUCACCAUGAUCGUGUGCCUGGGCUUCUUCCUCUUCGACGUCUGUUGGUGCGUCUGGUUCUUCGACGAGGAGACCAAGAUCAUGAUCGUCCACCAUCUUGUCUCCAUCAUCGGGAUUUUCGCUUCGCUGAUCACGGGCCUCUCCGGAACGGAGGUCGGCACCUGCAUCUUUCUUGCGGAGCUGACGAACCCCAUGCUCCAGUUCCGCUGGUUCAUGCGAAGUUCCGGCGUUAAGGAUGGUUGGCUGUACGAACUGAACGACUUCCUGUUCAUGAUGAUGUUCGCCGUCUGUCGAUGUGGGAUCGGUACCUUUUUCCUCUACCGCUACACCACACAUCCUCGCCCAAAACUCUUCUUCAAAGUCGGCGGGUUGGCUCUCUAUCUGGUCAGCAUGGUCUUUUUUGGGCAGAUACUAGUAUUUGCCUAUCACAAAUACAGGAAAAUGUAUCAAAGAUGGAGAUAUGGGGACAAGACAAAAAUAGAUGGUGACAAAGCGAGAUGAUAAAAAUCAUCAGAACAGAACGACGAAACAUAAAGCCAGUAGAGAUGAGAGUUUAAUAAUUAUUUGAAAAAUGUCACUGUGUGUGGUCUUGGGUCUUCCAUGAAGACUGCUAUGGGCGAAUCCGAUGAGACGCCAUUCCGAAGGGGCCAUUUACACUCACGCAGAUGUCUCAACCUGAGCGCGUGCGCCCUCUUCGGCAAUUGACUACUGCCUAUUGGUCGGUCAAGGAGGAAUUUCACGCGCGCGCACCGCGUAGUAAUGGCCCUGUAGUAAUGAUUUCUAAUUUUGGUCGUCGGAUUUGUCUAUACGAAUGAGUCUUAUCUGUUAGUGGUAUCCACAACAGAAACGUUUGAUUGACUAGCUCACGCAGCACGUGUCCUGAUGAUAAAACUAGCCAGGGCCUAUUAAUGUAUUCUCCAAAAGUAUGUCGUUCGCGUUCAGUGGCACAAUGCUAUGCAUACAUAUACGAACAUGUACUCUCAGCGAUGAAGAAUACCGCAAUACGCAUUACAUUAUUGAAUGUACCCUCCGUGUUGUGUGGAGUUACGACAACAGCAGGUUAGAAUCCAUUUUGGUUCCGAAAUCUACCACGCGAGGGUAGAGCGUCCCUGUUGGCAUAAUUGGAUGCUUUAUUUGCGUACAGAUCAACCACUUGUCCUAUUUUGAUCUCUCGUUUGUCAUUGAUUGGCCGUGGGAGAUCAAUAUUUAUUGCAAACCAAUGUGCAAUUAAGCCGCUAUAUUUGAAACAAAAAUGAGUCAUGCAGUUUACAUGAAGUGCUAACUGUUGCUUGUUCCUUGCUUGUUUCUCACGGAUCUGGAUUGCGAUCACUGAUCCGUAUUAUGGUUCACUGAGAUCAAAAACUCCCUCGUGCAUGGAGUGGAACAGCGUCGGGAUCACUGAUCAAGAGAUACAGAUCCGUGUGAAACAAACACGCUGACAGUUGCACCCAUUAAUAGACCAGGGCUCAACGCCAGGACUGGUCUGUGCGCCUGUGGCUCUGAAAAUUCACGUGCUACUUUUUAAAAGUUUUUGUAUGAAUGAACACAAAAUUGUGACGUCGUUGCACAAGUGGUGAGUGCUUGGCAGCAGUGGCGUUCAGGGCUUAAUGCCCGUUAUUUCUCUCUCUUUCUCUUGUGCUCUCAAUUUGUCACAGUUCUAGGUGUAAGCGGAGUCUUCAUUCUGGUAUCUCUUGUGUGUGGUUUCAAACCUCUUUUUGACUUAAUGAUGUACGAAACGGCGUUGGUUAUGUCAGUCAUGCUUGUUUCAGUUGCUUUGACCACGGGACUACAUAUCAGCGACAAGGGACUACUUAUAACAUUAGGUCACGUGUCUCCGGGCAAGACACUCACACAUUUGAAAAUGAGCCGAGAGUUUGCUGGGGAAGUUAAAAGAAAUACUUCACGUGUGGUUUGAAUACUGUGCCAGCAUCAAAUUAUUUAUUGCAUAUUGUGUCUGAUCUCGGGUGUUUUAAAAGGAACAUUAAGUUUUGAUCAGGAUCACGUUGGUAUGAAAUACAAAGCAAAAUUCGAAGCCUG